AUGACACGACAUGGAUCGCAUCUCAAAAACUUCGAGAUCCGAGUUCACGACGGCUCCGUUUUCGUCAACGCCCACGCUCUCGCCAUGCUUUCACCUUACUUUGAAAAGUCCGUCAGAUAAAAAUCUUAACUUUUAUUUUUUGUUUGAGAGGUUUCUUUGAGGUUUUUUUCAUUUUCUUUUUUCAAGUGUUUAUUCGCCAUUCCGCAAUCUGCACGACAAGUACAAAAAAAUUAAAUAUUGAGACAAUCAAAUAAAUCUAACAGCUGACCUGUUGAUAAUUUAAUCUGAAAAAAAUCCCUCUUGCUGGUAUUUUUUUUGCAGUUGGACUCGAGAUAUAAGUGAUUCUUGCUUUUUCUAUGUCAUUUUCAAACAUGAAAUACAUACGAAGUUAUUAAAGCUUUCCCAUAGGGCAAUGAUUCCACUCUGCUCAUUCAAAAGUUCAAGAAAAAUAAAAAUUACUUAAAAGUUUGCUUAAGGGUUUGUUUCGACGAAUCGUUUACGGAAGCGAACUGCGGUUGUGUCGAAGUGAAAGACGUCGAUUUGAAUCAAAUCACAAUUUUUUUAUCCUACGUUCUUCCAGGAGACGACUUUUUAUAUCACAAAACGAUAGAUGGUGAGUGAAAAUAGCUUUUUAUUGAGCGAAAAACUAAGUUAAUUUUCUAAAAACCUUUUAUUGUAUUUUUUUUUUCAUUAAAUUUUGGAAAUGAAUUUCACGUGAUUACUUUGAGGCUAUCGUGAUCCACAUUUUUUUCGUACUUUGUUUCAUCAAUUUUCUAAGAAGAACCCCACACUGAAACGCAACAUUGUUAUCAGUACUUUUUUUGGGCGUUUGACAUUUGAAGUGUGUAAUGAUGUCGCCUCGAUGAAACGUUCGGUGAUAAAAUUAAUAAUAAUUGUUCAGAGAUGUAAAAUGGACUUGAAACUUUGUAGAAUCAGAUCAGAAAAAUGCUCAUUUGUUUCAGAUGAAAAGCAUAUCAGUUUUAAUUUUAAAAAACAGCAGAAAUGUCGAGUUUUUUUUUUAAGUGAAUCUUUCAGUUUUUCGAACAGUAAUAGGAUUCAGGCAGCAACCUUGCAGUUCUGAUUCAACUCGCCGAGCGCUUUCUGUUCCCUUCAGUGCGACAUGAAAUCGAAGCUUUUCUUGUCGAUGGUUUUUUUAUAAAAACAUAGUUGAAGAUUCCCAAUGAAAGUUACAGGAGUGUUUGCAAACGAGGAGUUCAAAAAGCAAUGCUCUCAUCAACGCGAUCUUGGAAGCAAAAUGUUACAACUACAAGUUAGUUAUUGCUCUCUUCAAAAAAACGGACAGAUCCCCCUCAGAAGCGAAGUGAUCGAUAAAAUGUUCAAAAAGCUGGCUCAACUAGAAGGAAACCAGGUCAGCAAAUUAAUCACUUCGCUCCCCCCAGCGGAAGCAAAAUACGUCCAAGAGCAAGUUGCAAGGUUUACUUUGGUGAGUUCGAACUGGAAAAUUAAAAGUCUCAAUAAAUUUAUUCAGUACCAAUCUCCUUCUGGAUACCCUAUCUCAGCUUACGCUUGGAACGAUUUCAACGUCAGAAUGUUCUUCUGA